CCUAUAUUGAACUUGUGGACAGUCCCAUUGGGGGCCCAUUUUUCAGCCCAUUUACUACCCACAUGGGACAAACAUACAAAUGUUGGCUGGGUUCUGACCUAAUCCAAAGCUUUAAUAUAUAUAUGAUUCUAAAAUGGUCCAUUCUGCAGAAGGAAAACUUUGAGUAUCUGAAGUUAAGAAAAAGCUGUUGAGUUUUGCUGCUUUUACAUGAAUAAAAGAUCUGAGUACUAAAGUGCCAAAAAUGUCUCCCUGUAUUUUUGCUGUGCUUUUAUUUUGAAGGUCAGGCACACAGACCACAAGUCUUAUCCUGAAAUCACAGUGACAAGGAAUCAAAAACAUUACGCCCAUUUAUUGGCUUUUACUAAGCGCUGUUCAUUCACAGUAACAAACACUGUAAAGUAAAUACACGAAGAGAUGGAGACAUUACACAGUGUCCUGGGCUUUGAGUGGAUGGACGGCAGGAGUAUUUUGAUAUUUCUGUGUGUCUUUCUGUUGUUGGCUCAUGUUUUGAAGAACAGAGCGCCGCCAAACUUUCCUCCAGGACCGUGGGCUCUUCCUUUCAUCGGCGACCUUCAUCGCAUUAAUCCCAGCAGGAUCCACCUGCAGAUGGGAGAGUUUGCAGAGAAAUAUGGAAACAUUUUCAGCCUCCAGAUCUUUGGUGGAAGAGUUGUAGUCCUAUAUGGCUACAAGCUUGUGAGAGAGGCCCUGGUCCAAAGAGGAGAAGACUACACAGAUCGCCCCUCUGUGCCACUGUUUGAAGAAUUAUAUCAGAGUAAAGGUCUGGUGGGACGAAAUGGCCCUCCAUGGAAGGAGCAGAGGAGAUUUGCUCUUCGUACACUCAAAAACUUCGGUUUGGGCAAGAAGACGCUGGAGACAUCCAUCCAGCAGGAGUGCCAUUAUCUCACUGAGGCUUUUGCCCUUGAACAAGGGAAGCCGUUUAACACCCAGUCACUGCUAAACAACGCUGUGUCCAACAUCAUCUGCUGCCUGGUGUUUGGAGAACGCUUUGAGUACACUGAUAAGCACUACCAGAGUAUUCUGAAGAACUUCAGUGAGCUAGUGCACUUAGAGGGAGGCAUGUGGGCACAGAUUUAUAACGCAGUACCCUGGCUGAUGAAGUGGCUGCCUGGACCUCACAGGAAGAUAUUCACUAUGACACAAUAUAUGAUUGACUUUGUACAAGCCAAGAUCAGUGAACACAGAGGGAGCUUUGACCCGUCCUCACCAAGAGACUACAUCGACUGCUUCCUCACUGAGAUGGAAGAGAUGAAGGACAAAGAUUCUGGUUUUGAUUUAGAGAAUUUGAGUAUUUGUGCUCUGGACCUGUUUGGUGCUGGAACUGAAACCACAACCACGACUUUACACUGGGGACUGCUGUACAUGAUCUACUACCCUCACAUACAAGAGAGAGUCCAGGCUGAGAUAGAUACUGUUGUUGGUUCAUCCAAACAGCCCUUGAUGACUGACAGAGAAAACAUGCCCUAUACUGAUGCCGUCAUCCAUGAGAUCCAGAGAAUGGCCGACAUCAUUCCCCUCAAUUUGCUCCACAUGACAAACAAGGACACCACACUGGACAAAUACACACUGCCAAAGGGCACCCCUGUCCUGCCCACGCUGACCUCAGUUCUACGUGAUGAGACGAUGUGGGAAACUCCACACUCCUUCAACCCUCAACAUUUUCUGGACAAGGACGGCAAAUUUAGGAAGAGAGAGGCCUUCCUAGCCUUUUCAGCAGGUAAGCGUGUGUGUCUCGGGGAGCAGCUGGCCAGGAUGGAGUUAUUCCUCUUCUUCACCUCCCUCCUUCAGAGGUUCUCUUUCUCAGCACCUGCUGGAGAGCAGCCCAGUCUGGAUUACAAGUUAGGAGCCACUCUGUGUCCCAAACCUUACCGCCUCUGUGCCGUACCACGAUGAACCACCGCCUGCCCCGAACUGAACCAUCACCAACACAAAGAGUCCAUGUGUCUAGUUAUCUUGUAAUGCAUCAAAAAGUGAUUAUAAUGAAAGAUAAAUAAAUGUCUUCCUCUUUCUUUAAUAGGUUGUGUGACUAUUGUUAGGAUGGUGGUUCUUCCUAAAUUACUUUAUCUGUUUUAGAACAUUCCUAUCUACUUCUUAAGACUCUAGACUCCAUCAUUAUGCCCUUUGUCUGGGCCAGCAAGCCUUCUUUCAUCUCUAAGACACACCUACAGAAACCCACAAUUGAACGGGGUCUUUGCCUCUCUGUGUUUUGUCAUUAUUAUUGCUGGGUCUUUGAACAGAGAAUCUCACACACUGCGCUCGCUCAGCUUCACAAUUUAUAAGUAAGAUUAAGAUCAUUAUGUUUUGGUCCUCCUGAACCUUUAUCAACAGUGUUCCACACAAUUAUUUCCAACAUUGAGCUUAAAUAGAAACUGCUCCACCCAUUUCACAGGCGUGCACAGGUGUGAGGGAAUUAAUGAGUUUCUCAAUAACAGACAACAGCCUGUGCACCAUAUGUCACAUGCUAUAAUGGAUUUGGGGAUCUCAAAAGACCAACUCAUGACAUUUGAAUGACUUAUGAAAGUUGUAAGGCCGAUGUGUUCAUUCAUAAGAUGAACAUUUUUCAGUAAACAGUCUUGUAAAUAGCCUUUAUUGUGUGAGGAGCUUGAGUGUUCUACGUCUUUCCAAUGUUUUUUUUUGUUCCCUUGUUCUCUUGUUUGUGGGAAACGUGACACACAUUUGAUUGGCAUUAAGAGAACUGUGAGCAACUUGAAAAAAAUAAAAUGCCUCCUCAAUACGCCUGCUGUGAAAUAACGUGAUCCUGAAAGAGACAGUUGGUGCUUCUCAAAGUCAAGGAAGGAUCUUUAAAUGGUUCAUCGAAUCCUGCCGAAGGACUCUUUCAAUGUCAAGGAUCCUACAAAUACCAGGACGCAGUCCUUUCUUCAGAGAAUUUUCAAGGAUGCAUUAUGUAUCCUUAGUAGGCAUGAAGUACCCACAAUUCUUUGCAAAAGCUUUGCCAGAAUUGAAGGCGGGGCCUCUUCAGUGAGCAUACCUGGGUACUUGUUAGCCUGCUCCGGUGUAUGUUUACUGAAUGCUAGGGAGGAGUCGAACCUAUCUUCUCUAGGACCUGACUUUGUAGCACCUGUCCUACCAAGGACACAUCCUUGACUUUGAGAAGCAAUAAUACCUGUGCAUUUUUUCAAUUUUAAGGUGCUUUAAGCAACACAAGCUGAGUACAAUUUAGUUCCAUUAUAUUUAAGAGAAGGCAGACAUCUCUUUAAUCUCUUAUAUCUCCAACACUUUGCUACUCACACCAAAAUAUGCUUGGAAAAAUAGGUAUUUUGUACGGUGGUGAGAAACGCACUGCAGAAAACAAAUGCAAAGGGAAAAUGCUGCAAAUACAGCCCGUCACUGAUCAAUAAAGUAUCCAACCAUAUGUGGAGACAAGGUCGAAAAUAAACGUUAAAUGCAAUCAAACCCCUGGGGUGUCCCGGAAAGUAACGUUAGUUACAGUAACGUUAGCUAACAUUACUACGGAUACACUACUCGUGUAGAACUCAAAGUCUCUAGCACGGUAACGUCAGCUGUGUAAAUCAGCUUCACUUUCAUGAUACGGUAAAAGAUGAGGGCCACAUGUGAAAAACAAGAAAGAAAGAAAAAUAAAAAAGACUACGUACCUUUCAGCGUUGCCUGUCCCAGCUCCAACUUUCCUCCAAACAUAACUUUCUUCUUCUCGCUCACUCGUCUGUCUCUCGGGUGGAAGCUCAGCACUGCCCCUAGAGGCCUGGAGCACUUCUGUUGUAUGAGUGAAUAUGCAGCAUUUUCUUUUUGCAUUUGUUUUCUUAUUUGCAGCACGUUUCUCUAUUUGCAUCGCGUUUGUCCUUGUCAGCCACCGUAAUUUUUUGAUUUGGGGGUGAACAUAGACUGUAAAUAAAGAUAUAUAUACUGUCCCCUCAACCAUCAAAACACAAUCAACUAAUAAAUGAUUGUAUUAUGAAAGAUAAAGCUACCCAAUAGUUAAAAUCAGCUCAACCUUUACUUGCUGCAACAUUAAAGUAAUGCGUAAACAUUAUAACAAUAAUUUUAUAUAACUUUAGCUUGUUAUAUUCAUAUCUAUCUAUCUAUCUAUCUAUCUAUAUAUAUAUAUAUGUGUAUAUACAUAUGUGUGUAUGUAUAUGAACCACACAAUAAAUCUGCUCCUUUUACCACCUUUUCUUAUAAAA